AUUUCGACGUAUACAAUUUUACAGUUUUUUGUACUUGUACAUAUGUAGCUCAUUGUGCAGUUUCUAACUACAUCGCUUAAACCAAUUUGACAUUAAAGGAAAUUGUGAAGUGGAUAUCCAAGAAAAUGAUUUGCCUUUUACUGGUAGCUGGCCACGGUACUGUUCUAGAAACUCAGAUAAAGAAUGAUGUCACAGGUUUAUAUGGACAGCUGACUGGGGUUCCAAAAGCUUUGUUGCCUGGGAUCGGUGGAAAGAAAAUCCUGGACUUCUGGUGGGAGACCGUUAACACACGGCAGUUGUUCAGUGAGGUCUAUCUGGUCACAAACGCAGACAAAUAUAAGCAUUAUGAGCGCUGGGCCACGGCCAAUGACUUCCCUGUGGAGAAUGUAGUGAAUGAUGGCAGCACAACUCUUGAGGGUCGACUAGGAGCUGUGGCUGACCUGGAGCUCGCCAUCCGCAGCCGCAAGCUGCAAGAUGAUAUUAUGGUGAUUGCAGGGGAUAUGCUUUGUGCAGACCAAAACUUUGAUAUUGCUCAGGUUCUUCGUUUCUUCAGGUCCAAGCCUGGAGAACUGGCUAUUUACUAUGAACUGGAGCAGGGAGAGAAGAGCAGCUCAAGGGGUAUAGUGGAGGUAUGCCCUGAGACCCACAGGCUAACUUGCUUCCUUGAGAAGCCACAAGAGGGAAUGACGACAUCGCGUUUGGCUAGUGUAGUGUUCUACUGCAUUCGCAAAGGCACACUGCAUUACCUCUCAGACUUCCUCACCCUGCAGCCAAAAGCCCAAGAUAGAACCUUUGGCAGGUUCUGGGAGUGGUUGAUCAAUGAGGAGAAGUUACCUGUGUAUGGAAUGAAACUGCCAACAGGGUUCCAGCUCAUUGGACAAGUGGAGCUGUCAGACUACACCAAGUGGCUUGGUCACUAUUCUGCCCUGCGACAGGAGAGCCCUGCCAACCCUAUAACAUGUUUUUCAUAUGCCAGAGUUGGACUGAUGGGGAAUCCUUCUGAUGGCUUCAAUGGGAAAACAAUUGCCAUGACCAUCUCAAACUUCUGGGCGGAGGUUACACUGGUUGAGAGUCAAACCUUGGUUCUUCUGCCUCAUCCGCUGAAUGACCCGACUGAGUUUGGAAGCUUGCAAGACCUGUACUGUAUCAGCCGUAAGGAGGGGUACUUGGGAGGUCUACGUUUGCUUCAGGCCACCUGUAAGAAGUUUUACCAGUUCUGCUCAAUGAAAGGUAUUGCUUUGACAAAGCAGAAUUUCACUCUCAAAUAUGAUACCAACAUUCCACGCCAGGUGGGCUUGGCUGGAAGUAGUGCAAUAGUGUCUGCCACUCUGAAGUGUCUUAUGAAAUUCUACAACAUCACUGACAGUGACCUUCCCAAACCCAUCAGGGCCAACUUCAUCCUCAACGUUGAGACGGAUGAACUCUUCAUCACAGCUGGUCUUCAAGAUAGAGUUGUUCAGGUCUAUGAGGGCUUGAUCUACAUGGACUUCAGCAAAAACCUGAUGGAUGAACAAGGCUUUGGGGACUACAUUUCAAUGGACAUGAGCAGCCUGCCAUUGUUCUGGCUAGCUUAUCUGAGUGAUCCUAGUGACUCUGGUCGGAUUCACAGCAACGUCAGACAGCGCUGGCUCAAUGGAGAAACUGAAGUUGUUGAAGCCAUGAGGUCGUUUGCUGAGCUCACAGAUCAAGCAAGGAUUGCCCUGCAGGGCAGUGACUGGAACAGGCUGGCCCAGUUGAUGGAUGAGAACUUUGAGCUGAGACGGUCUGUUUACACAGACGAAUGUUUGGGCCCGGGGAAUCUGAAAAUGGUGCAACUGGCAAGACAGUUUGGCUCGGCCGUGAAAUUACCAGGCAGUGGUGGUGCUGUAGUGGGUUUGUGUCUGGACCAAGGAAGAUUGGUGGAGAUGAGAAAAGCUUUCCAAGAGGCUGGCUGUGUCUUUUGUGUGAUUGUGCCAUAUAACCCAGCUGGUUCCAUUGGUAUCAACCGCCAAGACUGAUAUUAAAUUAUCUAGAACUGGCAUCCUCAUAAUAUGUAAAAACUGUGAAAUCUGUAAUUAAAUAUAAUUGUUUUUUA